AUGGAUAGCGGGAGCCGGGCAGCCACGGUGGGGGACGGCGCCGUCAAUUUCACGGCGGCUCACCUCUGGCUGGAUCUCCUGAACGCGUCGAGCCGCUGGGACGGCGGUCCGGCCGCAGAGGGCUCCGGGCUCCACGGGCAGCAGCAGCAGCAGCAGCAGCAGCGCCUCCUGAGAGAGCAGGCGUACCGGGACUUCAGCACCACCGUCCAGGUGUUCGUCCUUAUAGGGUCGCUGCUCGGUAAUGCCAUGGUGCUGUGGUGCACCUGCUGCACGAAUGUCUUUAAAUCUGUGACCAAUCGCUUCAUCAAGAAUCUGGCAUGUUCCGGCAUCUGCGCCGGCCUGGUGUGCGUUCCAUUCGACGUGGCACUUGGAGCCAGUCCUCGCUGCUGCUGGUGGCUUCACACACUGCUGCUCUGCAAGGCCCUCAAGUUCCUCCACAAACUUUUCUGCUCUGUCACUGUGCUCAGCUUCAGUGCCAUCGCACUUGACAGAUACUACUCAGUGCUGUAUCCAUUAGAGAGAAAGAUCUCAGAUGCAAGAUCUCGGGACCUGGUCAUCUAUAUCUGGGUCCAUGCCACUGUGGCCAGCCUACCUGUGUUUGCUGUGACCAACGUGACAGAUGUGUACGUCACCUCCUCCUGCUCAGACGACCACGCCCGCUCCCUGGGCCACAUGGUGUACGUGUUGAUCUACAACGUCACCACCGUGAUCCUCCCUCUGGCUCUGGUCUUCCUCUUCAUGCUUCUGAUCCGCAGAGCACUCAGUGCCAGCCAGAAGAAGAAGGUGAUCAUUGCAGCCUUGCGGACUCCUCAGAACAGCAUCUCCAUUCCGUACGUGUCCCAGAGAGAAGCCGAGCUACAUGCUACUCUGCUGGCUGUGGUGCUGGCUUUCUCUGCGUGCAGCGCCCCCUAUGGAGCCUUAGUGGUUUAUCGAACCAUUUUGGCAGACACUAAAGAGCUGCCCGCCUCAUUGUAUCUUACGGCUCUCUGGCUCCCUAAGGUGUCCCUCCUCACCAACCCACUCUUGUUUCUGACUGUUAACCGCUCAGCGCGCCACAGCUGGCUGGACCUGGUGGCCAGGAUUCACAGACGCUACAGCCGCCGUAAUGUGGUCAGCACCGGGGGUCUGGCAUCUCUGGGGGCAGAAGGGGCGAUUGGUGAGCCGGUGGGACUGGAGACAGCUGGUCGCUCUGGGAGCCAGCUUCUAGAGAUGUUUAACAUUGGCCAACAGCAGAUCUUCAGACCGUCUGAGGAAGAAGAAGAGGAAGAGGAUGUGGAGAACGAGAUCCCCUCUCAAGGAUCAGGGGGCUGCUCAGGGCCCAAUGAUGACCAGAGGCGUGGGUCAAGACUAGGAAGCCUCAGAGAUGAAGUGAUCACCAAAAAGGAGCCUCUGCAGGGCCCCCAGGGGACAGGAGGAGGGCUGGUCAUCACUAAGGAAGUCCCUCCUUCAAUCAUAGCACCACGGGCCUCUCCAGUCCACACCUGUGCUUAUGCCUCUUCAUCGCAGGUCGCACCUGCUACGCCGACGGAAGCAGAGGACUCCACCCAGUUUGGUUUUGGACCAUUUGAGCUGCCCCCCCAAUGGUUACCUGAAACCAGGAACAGCAAGAAGAGGCUGCUGCCGCCCCUGGGUAACACACCCGAGGAGCUGAUCCAGACCAAACUGCCGAGGCCACGGCCUGAACGCCGGAUCAGCAGGAACAACAAGGUUAGCACCAUUCCCACUGUGGACCCCUGA